AUGAUUCUGAGUGCUGUAAGGCAGGCUACUUUGACUACCAACAAUUUUGAGGAAGGUGGCGAAGGCGGUGCACUGUCGAAAUGUUAUGGGAAGUACCACAGCGACAACACACCAGUGGUGGCGUUAUCAACUGGGUGGUUCAAUAACAAGAAGAGGUGUCACAAUUACAUUACCAUUCGUGGAACCAGAACGAGUGUGAAAGCUAUGGUAGUGGAUGAGUGUGACUCAACUGCAGGAUGUGAUAGUGAUUAUGACUACCAGUCGCCAUGUCCAAAUAAUAUUGUUGAUACCUCUAAGACAGUUUGGAAAGGUUUAGGUGUUAAAGAAAGUGAUAACAUAUAUGGAUUUAUGGAUAUCACUUGGCUUGAUGCUUGA